UAGGAAAACUCUUGCAUAACACAGUUUCUUUAUUACGUUGAGAAUACAAUUAAAUAAUAUUUUUUUCUCUAAUGCACACACAUUUUGUACCCAUUGAUAUAGGAAAAUAUAGAAGUGUGCUAAAUUUAUCUUUCUAAUUGUAUAAAAUAAAAGAUGUAGAAGAAAAUAAAAAUAAAAAUGUUAACAAAAUUAGAGAAUAUAAAAUAGUAAAAAUUGGGGCAACCCAACCGUUUGGUAUCGAAAGGUAGUUAAAAAGACCCCACCAAACAGAGAACUUCAAAAAAAAAAAACAAUAAUAUAAGCUUUUUCUUAUAGGAAUGAAAGAAUUGCACUACUUAUAAUAAUCCCAGAUGUCAUGUAAAGUGUUCUUGUCACAAAAUUAACUCUUCCAAAGUCUCCAUUAAAAAACACACAAUAAAAUAAAGACCAGACUUUUUCACAGUUUGGUGAGAAGUAGUUGUUGCAGAUGUCGAUUCUUUUCUCAUAUUCUUUUAAUGCCUUAAAUUUUACUCAUACGUUAUUUUUUCAUGAUCCAGUGUUGGUUUGGUUUAUGUGUGUCAGUCACCAAUUUCUUGAACUUUACUUCCAAUUUAUGCAUAGAGACGUUUCAGUUUUAUCUAAUUUUCUUGUAACUUUUUCAACAAACUUCAAUGGAAGACUAAUUAUUGAAAUGGGGUCUUCACAAACAAAAAAUGUAAUAUUGUUGGAAACAUUGUGAAGAUUAAAAAAAAAGGGAGAUUGUGUAAUUGAUCAUUGUUUCUGUUAAGGGUGAGAAAUGGGGAAACAAGGGUCUCCUAGAGGCGGUCGAGUGGAGAAUCAGGAUUUAGAUAUAUCAUUUGGGGUAAAAGAAAAUGAAUUUCCAAGUUUAGAUAUGCAAUACAGAGGUGAUCCUCCUAUAGGAAGAAGGUUAUCAGGGGGAGAUUAUAAUUGGGACAAAGUUGUUUUGACCAAAGGGAUGAAAAAUGACUCUGCGAAAUUCGCUCCUUGUAAAGGAGUUUUUGUUGGAAAGAGGCAAAUGUGGAGGCUACAUAGACAUAUUAGGUCUAUUGUUUUCACAUUGUUGUUAAUGGGCUUUCUAUACCUUUUGGAUUCUCUUCUGUUCUCGAUUUUUGACCCUGCGAUGCUACAGAACAAUUUUUCUUUACAAGGCUCGAGUAAGGCCGAGGUGGAAAUGGUACCGAGGGCAGCAAAAGAAGGUCCGGUGAAGCUGUAUGAAAGGCUACUAAAUAUGGCUGCUUCUUCUCUUGCAGAGAGGGAGUUCAAGCAAGAGUCAUCAAAGUUCUGGGAGGAGCCAUAUCCUCAGGCAUCAUCAUGGAAACCUUGUGCAGAUAAAACUAGUCCACAUGUUGUCAGGACAGGGAAACCUAGAAACAUCACUGGUUAUAUAUUGAUUAGUGCAAAUGGAGGACUAAAUCAACAAAGAGUUGCUGUCUGCAAUGCCGUUGCUGUAGCGUCUCUCCUAAAUGCCACUUUGGUCAUUCCCAAGUUUCUUUAUAGCAAUGUCUGGAGGGAUCCUAGCCAGUUUGGGGAUAUAUAUCAAGAGGACUAUUUCAUGGAUAUGUUGAAGGAUGAAGUUAAUAUUAUAAAGGAGCUCCCUCCUAAUUUGAAACUACUAGAUGUGGAAGCAGCUGGAAGUCUUAUAACUGAUGCUGAACUUUCAAAAGAAGCUACGCCUGAUGAAUACAUCAAGAAAAUACUACCCCUCCUCUUACGCAAUCGAGUUGUUCACUUUCUAGGAUAUGGAAACAGACUCGGCUUUGACCCGUUGUCUUCUGAACUUCAGAAAUUAAGGUGCAAGUGCAACUUCCAUGCCUUGAAAUUUGUGCCAGAGAUCCAACAAAUAGGUUCUUUACUGGUUAGGCGGAUUCGGAGGUAUGAUUUUGCUAGGAGCACAUUGGAUAAGCAACUUCUUGGAAACUUAAUCCCUCAUGUUCCCUUGAGACACUAUCAUGCAGCAGAAGGCCCUUCCAAGUACCUUGCUUUGCAUUUAAGGUUUGAGAUUGAUAUGGUGGCCUACUCUAUGUGUGAGUUUGGUGGCGGAGAAACUGAGAAAAGUGAACUACAAACUUAUCGAGAAGUCCACUUCCCUUUACUUCUUGAGCGUCUGAAGAAAUCAAAGCCUCUUUCUCCACAGGAGCUAAGGAAGAUGGGUAAAUGUCCAUUGACACCAGAAGAAGCAGGACUAGUUCUCGCUGGCCUCGGUUUCAAACAUGGAACAUACAUCUAUCUUGCUGGUUCUGACAUAUAUGGAGGUCAAUCAAGGAUGCAAGCUUUAACUACCCUCUAUCCGAACCUAGUGACCAAGGAAGAUCUUCUCACACCAAGUGAACUAGCUCCAUUUAGAAACUUUUCUUCUCAACUUGCAGCAUUAGAUUUCAUCGCGUGUGCAACAUCUGAUGUAUUUGCCAUGACAGACUCAGGAAGUCAGCUAUCAUCCCUGGUGUCGGGGUUCAGAACAUAUUAUGGUGGUGGUCAUGCUCCCACAUUGAGGCCUAGUAAGAAGAGGCUUUCUGCAAUUUUGUCAAGAAAUAAGACCAUAGGAUGGCACAGUUUCGAAGGGAAGAUAAGAAAGAUGAUUGAUGAAGGUCAGAGAGUGCAGGUAAGAGGUUUGGGUCGUAGCAUUUAUCGACACCCCAGAUGUAAAGAGUGCAUGUGCAGGCAUUAGGGAGGGUGGUCAUAGUUUUCCCUGAACAACUCGAAUUGUUUGUCCACUUUUGUACCAUAUCCCAGGGGAAAAAGUGCAGGAAGAUAGGAAGUUAGUCCCAUGCAUACUGUGACACUAUUUUUUGGUGAAUAAAAAAGCACAUUACUCAUA